UGCGGGCGUCUCCGUUGCAUAGAAACGAAAAUUGUCGGGGAUGUCGUGCGUCUCCAAAGUUCAAACCUCUUUUUUAACCUGUGCAGUGAAGACAACCGUUUAGCUUUACCUUGUGUCAUAGAGGAGGAAUAUCCACACGACGGACAACGAUAUUAAAUCGAGGUUAACGAUUAAAAUGACGCUAAUUUCGUUCGCGGCUCGAACCUUGUAGUAACUAGCAGCCGUCUCUCCUUCGGUAGUAUGGUGUGAACUGCCAAAGUGAUGGUACAGUAACCCACGGGAGACAUUAGAAAGGCAAAUGUAACCCGUAACCGUCUCUAAAGUGCCGUCGUUUUUUCGGUGAGCUCCGGUUUUGUCGACGAACCGGUGAAAUUAGCGACUUAAACCCGAACCACGCGAUUGAAAGCAGCUAACCGAUGGCGAGCUAGCUAACAGUGCGUCCAAUGCAGCCGUUCUACAGGAGCUUAACCAAGUGUGUUUCAGGUGUUUGUAAAAGCUGUUACUGUCAGGGAGAAGGUCGAGGAAAUGGCUGGCGACGUUAGCAGUAUCCCUGAACUGGACCAAAAGAAAUACGAUGCGGAUGAACAAGUGAAGAUCAUCUGUUUAGGAGACAGCGCAGUUGGUAAAUCUAAGCUGAUGGAGAGGUUUUUAAUGGACGAGUUUCGUCCCCAGCAGUUAUCAACCUAUGCGCUGACUCUCUACAAACACACAGCCACCGUAGGAAACAAGACAGUAGCGGUCGAUUUCUGGGACACUGCUGGUCAGGAGAGGUUUCAGAACAUGCAUCCCUCAUACUACCACAAAGCUCAUGCAUGCAUCAUGGUUUUUGAUGUCCAAAGGAAGAUUACAUAUAAGAAUUUAGCCAACUGGUAUAAGGAGCUGAGAGAGUAUAGACCGGAGAUACCCUGUUGUGUUGUUGCCAACAAAAUCGAUGCGGACUUGAAGGUGACACAGAGAAGCUUUAACUUUGGGAAGAAGCAAGGGCUCCCAUUUUACUUUGUGUCAGCGGCCGACGGAACAAAUGUAGUUAAGAUGUUCAGAGAGAUGAUCAAGAGAGCCGUGGACUACAAACAAAACCCCAGCGACUUCAUGGAUGAAGUAAUGCAAGAAUUAGAGAACUUUGACCUGGAGAAGAAAGAAGAUAAUUCAGACGCAGAUGAGGACGGAUUGAAAGUAGAGAGUCCAAAGUUGGAUUGAAAGUUUUCUACAGAGCAUCCAUCCCUCAUGUCCUGCUUCUCUGUGAAAGACAACAUCAACAGACACACUUAUCCUUAUAUAAUUUUGGUUGUCUGCCUUUUAAAUGAUCAGAUUGUAUCUCUACUACUGGACGGCAGACAGUCAGGAUUUAAAUGACUGCCCUCCAUCUGUCCAGCAAUACCAGCAGGGUAAUAAGCCUGAUGGAAUAAUUAGGAUUUGUGUUGUUUACCACAUUUAUUUAGCUGCUGUUUUAGCAUCGUUAUUCAUAGCCUGAACAUCUACUAUUAUAAUAGUAGAAAAUUAAUGUUUAAGUGUGGAAGAAAAAAAAACGACUUUGUGUCAUGUAAUAACAAUGUGAAGUGAUGAACUAAGUCACACAGAGCAGAGAGAACGUGUGAUUAUAAACUUCAUUUGCUGCUGUCCUCGAUGUUUGUGUGUAGUGUUGUGUGCAGUGCCAGUGGGAGGCUGCAUCUGUCGGCUGCUUUGGUUGCAUUAAUUUCAUGAUGUAAAUUCUGUUUUUUAGCACCCUAUAAAUGAAAACUUAAUGUACCAUGGAACCAAA